UUCAUGUGAGGAUGGAUUCACCAAAAGAAAUGGCCUCUCGACCUCUUUUAUAUCAUGUUAGGGAUCCGUCAACCAAAAGAAACGUGCUCGCAAGUAUUAUUACUUUGCGAAAACACAACCCAGAUGACCGGUUUGUUUUGAAAACAGCCACAGGGCGCACAGUCAGUGCGGGAACAAUAUGGUUUAAAGCUGGUUAUUGCUUGAAGGGGAGUGGGGGGAGAGCGGUCCCCAAAAAUUAUGAAGAACCCACCCCACCAGAACUUCCAGGAAAAAAUCGAAAAAGAAAACGUCGUGCUGUGGACUCGCAUGUGGACUCGCCUGUGGACUCGCCUGUGGACUCGCCUGUGGACUCGCAUGUGGACUCGCCUGUGGAACCUACCAAAACAUACCAAGGAACAAAACAAAAGAGAAAACGUCGUGCUGUGGACUCGCAUGUGGACUCGCCUGUGGACUCGCCUGUGGACUCGCAUGUGGACUCGCAUGUGGACUCGCCUGUGGAACCUACCAAAACAUACCAAGGAACAAAACAAAAGAGAAAACGUCGUGCUGUGGACUCGCAUGUGGACUCGCCUGUGGACUCGCCUGUGGACUCGCCUGUGGACUUGCAUGUGGUCAUAUUUAAACGAACAAAACAAAAGAGAAAACGUCGUGCUGUGGACUCGCAUGUGGACUCGCCUGUGGACUCGCCUGUGGACUCGCCUGUGGACUCGCCUGUGGACUCGCAUGUGGACUCGCAUGUGGACUCGCCUGUGGAACCUACCAAAACAUACCAAGGAACAAAACAAAAGAGAAAACGUCGUGCUGUGGACUCGCAUGUGGACUCGCCUGUGGACUCGCCUGUGGACUCGCAUGUGGACUCGCAUGUGGACUCGCCUGUGGAACCUACCAAAACAUACCAAGGAACAAAACAAAAGAGAAAACGUCGUGCUGUGGACUCGCAUGUGGACUCGCCUGUGGACUCGCCUGUGGACUCGCCUGUGGACUCGCCUGUGGACUUGCAUGUGGUCAUAUUUAAACGAACAAAACAAAAGAGAAAACGUCGUGCUGUGGACUCGCAUGUGGACUCGCCUGUGGACUCGCCUGUGGACUCGCCUGUGGACUCGCCUGUGGACUCGCAUGUGGACUCGCAUGUGGACUCGCCUGUGGAACCUACCAAAACAUACCAAGGAACAAAACAAAAGAGAAAACGUCGUGCUGUGGACUCGCAUGUGGACUCGCCUGUGGACUCGCCUGUGGACUCGCAUGUGGACUCGCAUGUGGACUCGCCUGUGGAACCUACCAAAACAUACCAAGGAACAAAACAAAAGAGAAAACGUCGUGCUGUGGACUCGCAUGUGGACUCGCCUGUGGACUCGCCUGUGGACUCGCCUGUGGACUUGCAUGUGGUCAUAUUUAAACGAACAAAACAAAAGAGAAAACGUCGUGCUGUGGACUCGCAUGUGGACUCGCCUGUGGACUCGCCUGUGGACUCGCCUGUGGACUCGCCUGUGGACUCGCAUGUGGACUCGCAUGUGGACUCGCCUGUGGAACCUACCAAAACAUACCAAGGAACAAAACAAAAGAGAAAACGUCGUGCUGUGGACUCGCAUGUGGACUCGCCUGUGGACUCGCCUGUGGACUCGCAUGUGGACUCGCAUGUGGACUCGCCUGUGGAACCUACCAAAACAUACCAAGGAACAAAACAAAAGAGAAAACGUCGUGCUGUGGACUCGCAUGUGGACUCGCCUGUGGACUCGCCUGUGGACUCGCCUGUGGACUCGCAUGUGGACUCGCAUGUGGACUCGCCUGUGGACUCGCCUGUGGACUCGGGUGAAGAUGCAACCAAAAUCGCCCAAAAGGAGACGGCAGCAUUCGUAAAAGCGGUUCAGGAACCUGCAGUUGCACGAGGUUUUAGCCAGCGUCGUACUAAACAGGGAAAGUUUGAAACUAAAUCCCCGAAUUCAUUGAGGUGGAGUGGCGUUCUCAAAAGGGUAGGCAUGGAAACAGAGCCCAUGCUAAAAAAGUACAAAACACCACAUAAAUUAAUUUUUAGGUGUGGUUGCAGUGUCUGUUAUCCAGCAAACCCCUAUAGGACAAUCAUAAAACACGUCAGAAAACAUCUUGAUAAUGAUGAGACUUAUCAAAAUAAGUCAUCAUUUUUCCCUGAAGAGAUUUGUUAGUCAGAGAUUUGUUUGUCAGAGCAUAUGCAUCAAUUAAAUAGCAAAGGGUCAAAGUCAUUAGUAUGUACUUGUUGAUUUCUUCUAAGGAUGCAAAAUGUUUUUGAAGAGCUUAAUCAGAAUAAAAGUGAUACAAAAAAAUGCCUUAAAACCUCAGAAGAUUAAAAUUUUACACAUUAGAAAAAUAAAUAUUUUAUUUCAGACAUCUCCUUUGAAGAAAAAAAAAUGACUUUUUGACCCAUUUAUUAUGGAAUCAAAAUAUGAAAUCAACAAAAAAACAAAACAUGGGAAAUGUGUUGAAAUGUUACAUUUAGUACUGAAAGAUUCUCUAUACAUGUAAUUUAUGGGGAAUUUUUAUUUUUUAAUAAAAACAAAGGAGAAAUAGACAUCUUUCUUUGCAACCUGAUUCGAGUCUAUUUUCUGAAUCUCUUCAGUUUCUCCAUCGUCACUACCUCUCUCUUGAUUGGUGUAUGAAAGCCCUUAGGCAAGUUGCCCAUGAAUUUAUGUGCCAUUCCUUGGCCAAUGGCGAGAGCAUCAUCCACAUUCACUUCUUCGGGUGCCACUCUUCCAUUGAUAAUGUGGACUCGCAUGUGGACUCGCCUGUGGACUCGGGUGAAGAUGCAACCAAAAUCGCCCAAAAGGAGACGGCAGCAUUCGUAAAAGCGGUUCAGGAACCUGCAGUUGAACGAGGUUUUAACCAGCCUCUUACUAAACAGGGAAAGUUUGAAACUAAAUCCCCGGAUUCAUUGAGGUGGAGUGGCGUUCUCAAAAGGGUAGGCAUGGAAACAGAGCCCAUGCUAAAAAAGUACAAAACACCACAUAAAUUAAUUUUUAGGUGUGGUUGCAGUGUCAGUUAUCCAGCAAACCCCUAUAGGACAAUCAUAAAACACGUCAGAAAACAUCUUGAUAAUGAUGAGACUUAUCAAAAUAAGUCAUCAUUAUUCCCUCAGAGAUUUGUUAGUCAGAGAUUUGUUUGUCAGAGCAUAUGCAUCAAUUAAAUAGAGCAAAGGGUCAAAGUCAUUAGUAUGUACUUGUUGAUUUCUUCUAAGGAUGCAAAAUGUUUUUGAAGAGCUUAAUCAGAAUAAAAGUGAUACAAAAAAAUGCCUUAAAACCUCAGAAGAUUAAAAUUUUACACAUUAGAAAAAUAAAUAUUUUAUUUCAGACAUCUCCUUUGAAGAAAAAAAAAUUACUUUUUGACCCAUUUAUUAUGGAAUCAAAAUAUGAAAUC